UUAAAAGCUGCGCCCCAUACAGUCACCAGGCCUUCUCAAGCUGUGGCUCGACCGCCACGCACGCGGUUUCUUGACUGACUCCCAAAGUAUCUGAGCAAAAGUUUCAAUCGCCCACUAGGGGGUGGGCGGGGUCCCUGGGGCCACGUUAAGAGGCGACUGGCGCGUUCACAUCACUUUGAAAAUAGCUUUGAAACUGACGAACUGGGAUCCUGCGCCGCUCACUCCGCAGGCCUGGGGAGCAGGCGGCAAAGCCAGGUUUUGCGGUCCUCUCGCCUCAGCUGCGUCCCGGGACCACAAUUACAGGUGCCCCGGCGGGACCCUUCCAGGCCCCGACAACCCGGAAGUGCCUGCCCACGCCUGCCCACUGCGCCUGCGCGAGGCGCCCCUGUCCGGCGAGCGAGGAGACUGGCGCUGGGCCUGCCGGGAGGCUCGUCGCGCCUGCGCGGAGGGCUCCUGGCGUGCUGCGUCCUUACUUUUGAAACGAGUGGCGGGGAGCUUCCGUUGGAGGCUGUGGCGUCGCCGUCUGCCGGGUAGCGGCGCGCUCCCUCGUCCCUAGGCCUGGCCAUGGCGCUGCAGCUCUCCCGGGAGCAAGGCAUCACCCUGCGCGGGAGCGCCGAAAUCGUGGCCGAGUUCUUCUCAUUUGGCAUCAACAGCAUUUUAUAUCAGCGUGGCAUAUAUCCAUCUGAAACCUUUACCAGAGUGCAGAAAUACGGACUCACCUUGCUUGUAACAACUGAUCCUGAGCUCAUGAAAUACCUAAAUAAUGUAGUGGAACAACUGAAAGAUUGGUUAUACAAGUGUUCAGUUCAGAAACUGGUGGUAGUCAUCUCAAAUAUUGAAAGCGGUGAAGUCCUUGAAAGGUGGCAGUUUGAUAUUGAGUGCGACAAGACUGCAAAAGAUGACAACACACCCAGAGAAAAGUCUCAGAAGGCUAUCCAGGAUGAGAUCCGCUCCGUAAUCCGACAGAUCACAGCUACCGUGACGUUUCUGCCACUGUUGGAAGUCUCUUGUUCAUUUGACCUACUGAUUUAUACAGACAAAGAUUUGGUUGUACCUGAAAAAUGGGAAGAGUCGGGACCACAGUUUAUUACCAAUUCUGAGGAAGUCCGUCUUCGUUCAUUUACUACUACUGUCCACAAAGUAAAUAGCAUGGUGGCCUAUAAAAUUCCCACCAAUGACUGAGGAUGAGAUAAGGACAGUGAUGUACUUGUAGUUCUCAGAUGCAGUUUUCCUGAAACCAAGUCAACUAUAGUUGAUAAAUUUUGUUUCACUGGUUAAUUUUUAGACUGGGAAAACUUAACAUUAUACAUCUAUUGAACUGUGCAUAAUUGUUCCAUUUUUUUGUUACCUGUAUGACUUUAUACAGGGUUGGCAUAAAUUAUUGCACGUUGUUCAAAAGGGAACUAGCAGAUCACAUCAGCAUUGUUGUCAAUUCCUUGAAAGUGGUAACUGUAGAUGGAUAACUUUUGCCAUAAAGCUAAAUGCCUUCUUAAAUCAGACCUUUUGGUUAAGUACUUUGACUCUGGAAUAUAGGCAGGGAGAUAUUGAAUGUAAAAUACAGCAAAAGAAGUCUGAAUAUUGAGAGUCUUUGUUUAGAUUCUGAAAUUAUCUAAUGAUAAUCUGCAAGUAAUGAAACAUUGCUCAUAAUAGGUCUCUGCCAUUUAUUUCAUUUGUAUAUUUUCCAUAUUGAAAACAUUUCCAAUUAUUUGAUUUUAAUUUGUUGUAGAACUCGAACCUACAAAGCUAUGUAUAUUGCCACUGUUUAAAUUCCUGUGAUACAGAACUCUUAAAUUUUUUUUUAUGUUUUAUAAAAUCAAGCUUUAAAUGAUGGUGAAAUAAAGUUAAAUAUGUAUGUUUAAAAUUUGUCUUAAAAUAUGUUUAUAUUGGUGUGGUAUUAACACAUACAAUAGAAUGGAUUCAGUAUAGCAAAUAAUAUCUUGUGCCUACCAAGGCCUAAAGAUACAAACUUGAAUAAAUCUGGAGGUACUUUCAAUUUAAUGGACAAGCUUUGAUUAUAUCCCUUUAAUCUUAUAACCUUAGACCUAAAAUAAGCAUCAUUCUCUGUAUAAAAUAAUACAUGUCAUUUGGAAUUAAUUCAUUUUAGCAUGUAGUGGACUGGAGAACUUUUCUAUGCUCUUAGCCUUAUUGCCAGCCUAGUUUU